CUGUGUUACCUACACAGCUCAAAAUUUACAAAAACAUCAACAAUGAAGUCUCAAGUCACACUCCUGCUGAACUACGUGCUUUUCUGUAAAGCUCUGUCACUGACCUGUCACCACUGUCCACUAUCAGCACCAGGAAAAUGUGGCCAUUUUAACACAACCUGUUUCUAUCAGUGUCUCACCGCAACCAAUGUAGUGUCUAUACAUGGUACAAAGGUAACAGAAGUUAUUAAGACUUGUGGAUUUCCCAAAAUGUGUGUAAAUGGGAGCCUGAACCUGGGAACAGUAAAGGUGACCACCCAUGCCAAGUGCUGCCGCAGAAAGUUCUGCAACAAGGAAGAACUGCAAGCUCUACCAGAGGAGGGUUUCAGUACGAACAGGUGUUACAUCUGUGAUGGUGCUGGCUGCUCAAACACAGUAAGAUGUGCAGCAAAUGAAGAUCGUUGCAUCAUUGCAUCAGUUGGCAAAGGAAGCAAUUUUGUGGCCAUGAAAGGAUGUGUGUCCAAGAGCUUGUGUCUUGCAACUGGAACAUCAAGCUUGCCAGGAAUUGGCUUAUCAAAUGUACAGUGUUGUGAAGGAAACCUUUGUAAUGGUGCUCAGAUCUUCACACAGAGUUUCCUUCUCAUUAUGGUUCAUCUGCUCUUCUCUAUUUUCUUUUACUGAGCUCAGAGUUGAUAAACCUCAUUUAAAGCUUUAUCAAUAUGAAACACAAAUCCAUUUGUCAAAACUAUACAAAGAAAUAUGUAUAAAUAUAAAGUAUAUAAAUGUUUGUUGAUAAUUUA